AUGGGAUGCCGUAUACAUCUUAGCGUUGCAGAUAUUUACGCUUGUGGUCACCCUUGCCUCACGCUAGAGACUCUCCUCUGGAGCCGUGAAAUUCAUGAUUUUCAUAUGCUUGUCAACUUUCAUAGAGUUGAUGUGGACAAAAGUGGGGCUUCCGUCUCGUCGACUGGAGGCUAUGCCUUUAAUCGUCUCUCUCAGUUGAGCUGGAUCCUCCUCUACUCGGUGGGAAAGAUAAGUAUCAAUCCGUCAGAGCGUUAG